AUGGGUGUUCUGUUUCAAUUGCAGGAGAACUGCCUUCGGGCGAUGGGGCACAGCCACGCUAAGGAAAGUACCGAAGACAGAGCCUUGAGCCUGAAGCACAUUAGCUCACUGCUGUUCGUUGUAUCGGCGCAGUAUCCACUGAUCUCGUAUGUCGUCUACAACCGCAAUGACAUGGAGAAAGUCACAGCUAGUCUAAGUGUAGUGCUUACCAACUUACUGACUGUUGUUAAAAUUACUACAUUCCUGGUGUACAAGCAGGACUUUUGGAAAAUGAUGAGCCGCUUCCGGAAAAUGCAUCAGCAAUCAAGUCCGAGUUCGAGAAGCAAGGACGGAACGGACUACGUGACCGAAGCUAAUAAGCUGGCCACCUUUCUGGGAAGGGCUUAUUGCCUGUCCUGCGGCCUAACAGGACUUUACUUCAUGCUGGGACCCAUUGUGAAAGGCGUGGCUAGCAGCUGGCGAGGCACAUUAUACGUCAGGGAGCUGCCCAUGCCGAUGAAGUUUCCGUUCAACGAUGUGGACAGUCCCGGAUACGAAGUUUGUGUUCUUUACACAGUACUAGUCACUGCCGUCGUUGUAGUCUACGCCUCGGCCGUCGACGGUUUAUUUAUUUCGUUCGCCAUCAAUCUGCGAGCCCAUUUCCAGACUUUGCAGGGAGAAAUCAAAAACUCAGACUUUGCCUUACCCGAAAAGGACACUCAAGCUGGUCUAAAAUCUCUUGUGGACUAUCAUGAUCUACUGCUCUUCUUAUCCAGAAAAUUACGAUCGAUUUACACGCCGACCGUUUUCGGACAGUUCGUCAUAACAUCGUUGCAGGUGGGCGUAAUAAUAUAUCAACUUGUGACGAGCAUGGACUCGGUGAUGGAUCUUCUGCUAUACGCGUCGUUUUUCGGUUCCAUCAUGCUGCAAUUAUUCAUUUACUGCUAUGGCGGCGAAAUCAUUAAGGCUGAGAGUCUGCAGGUUGAUUUUGCUGUGAGGCUCUCCAACUGGUACCUAGCUUCUCCGAAGCUACGAAGAUCUUUGGCAUUGAUCAUUCAGCAGUCCCAACGGGAAGUCCUCAUCAGGGCCGGCUUUUUUGUGGCUUCUCUGGCGAACUUUGUCGGGAUUUGCCGGACAGCUUUAUCGCUUAUAACGCUAAUCAAAUCCAUUGAGUAA